CACCGCCCGCUGCCGCGACGCCAUUUGCCACUGCGGAGCGUGGGCGCAGGCGGCUCUCGCAAGCACCAGUGACCAACCUCUCCCGAACACGCUUCUCGACCUCCCGCACAGUCUUCAUCCCGCGCACUCCUCAGUGUCGCCUGUCCGAGUCACCACCGUUCCUGCCGCCAGCCCAAGCACGAUCUUGCACGCCGCCAGCCGGUCUUUGCCGCCAUGCCCAAGAAUAAAGGAAAAGGAGGUAAAAACCGGCGUAGAGGGAAGAAUGAAAAUGAAUCCGAAAAGCGAGAGCUUGUGUUCAAGGAGGAUGGGCAAGAAUAUGCUCAGGUAAUCAAAAUGUUGGGAAAUGGACGAUUGGAAGCCAUGUGUUUCGAUGGUGUAAAGAGGCUUUGCCACAUCAGAGGAAAAUUGAGAAAAAAGGUUUGGAUAAAUACCUCGGAUAUCAUAUUGGUGGGCCUCCGAGAUUACCAGGACAACAAAGCCGAUGUCAUUUUAAAAUACAACGCAGAUGAAGCUAGAAGUCUCAAGGCCUAUGGCGAGCUUCCGGAACAUGCUAAAAUCAAUGAAACUGAUACAUUUGGUCCUGGAGAUGAUGAUGAAAUUCAGUUUGAUGACAUUGGGGAUGAUGAUGAAGACAUCGAUGAUAUCUAAAAUGAACUCAACAUUGCACAUUCCAGUCUUCCUGAAGAUUGUCCUUCAAGUUUGGAAUCUGGCCAUAGACCUCAAAGAAAAGUUUUCACUGUCACCUCAAUUGUAAUUUGUUGAGGCAGAUUUGAUACUACAGUCUUUCAAAACUGAUAAUCUUAACUGAUAUGCUAAGCCCAUUUUGUUGAUUUGAUUUAAUGGUCCUUAAGAAGACCAUUUAAGGGGAAAAAAAAGGCCUUUCCUACUUUGAUCCCAUCUAGUAAGUAAAUGGGUGUUUUGGAUAAACCAUUUGCCUUGUACUCAGUAUAAAUUAUGAUUAAGCCCUACCUUUGCAUAGCUGUUGACUGUACAGUCUUUGUGUAUAUUCCAGUUGCCCAGGGAUUUUGAUACAAAUGGAGGCAGAAAUCUGUGUUUUGUUUUGUUAUAUUUGAGACAAGAGUCUAACUUUGUAUUUCAGGCUAGCUUGGAGUUCACUGUGGUACUGGUGGACCUCAAACUUGCUUUGAUCCUCCUUUCUUGACCUCUUGAGUGCAGAGAGCAUAUGUAUGUACCACCAUACCUGGCAGAAAUCUAUUUAAAGGCAAAAAUGAUAGGUCUGCUUUUCAUAUUUAAGUAUUUGGCUAUUUUUAUACUAGCUUUGAUACCAUGUACAUUUUUUCAUGAUUUUAUUUUGCAGUCAUCAGCUUACUGGAGGAGGAAAGGCAUUUCCAAAAUGGUUUUUAGGGUUGGUUUGUUUGUUUCAGAAGAGAGAGUGUUGAGACAGGGUUACUUUGGGUGGCCCUAGUUGUCAUUGAACUCACUCUGUCUCUACACCAGACUGGCUCCAAACUUACAGAAGUCUGCUUGCCUAUGCCUCCCAAGUGCUGGGAUUAAAGGUGUGUGCCACCACCACCACCACCUGGCUCCAAAAUGUUUUUAGAAGCUGAUUUUUAAUGCCAAUUUUUAAUUACGGUCAGUAGUUUCAAAAAUUGAACACUAGGUGGUGCUCAGUUUUAACAUAGGAAAUACUAUUUUAAUUGUUGAGAUGUUUGCUCUUCUCAACUAGUGUGUAUAGGAAAUUUCCCAAACAAAGAAAAGAUUGUUUUACUCGUGUGUAGAAUAUUUUUACCCAACAGAAAGAUUAUGUUGGAGUAUUGCUUUUUUUUUCAGGAGUCUUACUCACAUAAGCUACAAUUUUCAGUGCUUUAUAAACACAGAAAACAUAGGCAAGUGAAGAUUUAAGUUUAUAACCAUAUAAAUAUUACAUAGCAAAAGUAUAAAUAAAUGAAUGCUUUUUCAGGCUUUCCCUAACUGAGGAUAACAGACUCAAGCCUGGUAUGGUGACGUGACCUGUGACCCCGCACAUAAGAGGUCUGGGCAGGAGGGACAGAAGUUGACCAUGGUUUUAGAAACUGGUUUUUAAUGCCAAUUUUGAAGUAAUGUCUCAAGAAACAAAGCUAAUGAAAAGAUUUCUUAUUGCUGAAUCAAAGAGCUAUAGCUGAAAAAAUAUCACAUUACAGAGGAUAUUACACUCUGAUUUUACAUUAGGGACAAGUUUACUUUGUGGACAGUCUGGGGAGGGUUUAGGGGAAUCCCAUUCUCUUUCUACUGGGGAAUUAGGUUUGCUCUUAUUUAGGAGUUGUAAGACUGGGAGCUGAGGUAGUUGGGAUUCAGUAGACACGCUGAAAUGCGAGUUUAAAACCCAGAACCAUCAUGCAGCUUGUGGACCUUGUAUCCUACUAGCAUCAAGAAAACUUUUCAUUCAUGAAAAGGAACUCGCCUUCACAUGGUUUCACAACAAGGAGAUCUUUUCUAAUUAUUUCUAAACUAUGACUUCCAUCUCCUAGGUUUGCAUACUCUGCCUCAUAACCCGAGGUAACCAUAAAAACAUUAGGGAAGACGUAGUGGUGCAGUGUCUAUUUCUUCUCCUGUGGAGCUCCUCGGUGUUUAUCUUGGCAGACUGCAUCUGAGAACAAGGCUGCAGGUAGCCUUGAAGCCUUUGCUGAGCACUUGUCUUCCUUCGUAAUUAGACCUCUGUACCUUAAAGGGGUUUCGCCAGCUGGAUGCAGCAUGCCUGGGGCCCCAGCACUGGGAGAUCUGCCAUUGAAUAGUAGCCAGGGUAUAUAAGGCACCGUCUCAGAAGCAACAAUGAAAAUCAUUUGUGCUAAAUUUGCAGUGUAUAUAGAUUACUUUAUGAGCAGUGUUUUACUCCUGCAUAGGUGAUCCAGCUCAAAAGUUGAUUUUCUACUUCUGUAACAAACAAGAUUUGAAAUGUUUUUAGAAAUUAGACAUGACCCCACUUCCUCUAUCUUCUAGUGGUUUUUAUCUUUUUUUUUCUUAAAGCAGCAUUAUUGAGUGUGUUUGUAUCCUGGAUGAUCUGGAGUCAUAAUGAUUUAAAAUAGUUGAAUACAGUUGUAUGAAUACAGUAUGCAAAUGCU